AUGCUGUCUUCAUAGGCUUGUGCUUUUCUGUGCACAGGCUCAAAUCGGUUGCAACGAACGACUUGUUUCACAAAGCGCAAAACUAAGCAUUGUUGAAUCAAAAAAUGCAUGCAAUUUAGCCAAUGCAAUUAGGCAUUAGUGUGAUGUGGCAUGCAGGUAAUCCACUCUUGUCACGGGCUUGAGCUGCUUUUGUCCCCGGAUUGAACUGUCAUGGCUGCCGUGCGCUGUUGACUGAUUCUGGUUGGACGGGAGGCGGAAAAGCGCUGGCUCUGUACAUCCAAAAUGGACAGAGUCGACGCCAAACCCGACGCUCAGGUUGGGAAUGAAGAGAGGAGCAUUUGGCAUAAACGCCUGCGUCUCAGGAAGUCCUCCUUUUCAUUCCCCAAAGAACAAAACACUGUGAAAGAGGAGAAGAAUGAUACGCCACAAGGACAGAAAGAAACAAAGUUGAAGAAACCACACCUUGUGAACACUUUCGUCUGCUCCGCGUGCAACGACGGCAUCUCCUUCACGCCCGGCGAGCUAACGAUGCAUUUUAAGAUUGUCCACGGAGGCAAAGGAAGCCCGCCGAUGUUUCCAUGCAACGUGUGUGGUUUCUCAACGUCAGUGUUCACUACGCUUCAACAGCACCGAAUGCAUCACAAGGACUGUUUGUUCACUUGUGAGAUUUGUAAUGACAACGUCCAGCAAACGCUUCCCCAACUAACCGAACAUUGUCAAACUCACCAUUCUCUGAAUGGUCAGUACCACUGUCCGAAAUGCAAACUCUCCAUCCAAGAGUUUGAGGAGUUUAUAUGUCACUCGUGUUCGGCACCAAUCAUAAGCAAUAGUGAAGAAAGCAUUAACUUACAAAAAAAAAAUCUCCUAAAGCACAUGGCUGCUGCAUGUCGCCAAAGGUGGAGCAGAAGAAACUGGUGGAGAACGCGGGCACAAGUCUGCAAACAACACAAUAGCCCAUCCCAAGAGUUUAAGUUAUCGCUUCCAAAACCAGAACCCCAAUGGGCAUCCCAAUUAUUACCAAUAUCCACACCCGGUUUACUGCACAACCAUUGCUUGUUAAUGGAUCCAGAGAAGACCUUAGAGGAAACGCAACAGUUUCUCAAAAGGACAGGUAAUAAGUGGCCUAUAUCCCUCAAAAACGAGCUUGAAGUUGUUCCUCUCGUGCCGACGACACCCUGUCCGUCACAGUGUACUCGGAAAGAUAAGCUAACCGGACUUAUGAAGAAGAACAAUAUUACCGUCCCCCCAGAUUGCACUACAAAAGUGGUGGGAUUCAAAAUGGUGGACGGCAAAAAGCACUUAGUUCUCAAAGUCAUUCCUUCAAACAAACACGAUGUUUCGACUCCAAGAGUUGAACCUCACACUGUGAAACCAAUCGAUACUUCCUCAGGAAACUGUUCUCAGGACUUUUUGUCUUCGGUGGUUGAAAGGAUAAACAGCCAACAAAAAGAUGGCUGCAACAAUCAGGAACCCACUGACUGCGAUACACACAUUAACGAGGCCGAAAUGCAUUCUUGCACCGAAGCGGAUAUUCAUGCAAAGAGAGACAAAGCCCUCAGUGAAUCCGAGGAGAACUUCACCGCAUGCCAAGGGGAUUCAGGCUGUCCCAGUGAUCUGACCUCAGAUGCAGGCUCUUCGGAAGAGAGAUGUAGUUCUCGACUCCUUAGUGCAGCGUUUGAUAACGAACACAACCUUACACUGGAUCCAAACCUUCAUUCAAACACAGAUUCGUGCUCCAUCUCAGGGUUUGAUUGCAUUAGUCCACCCUCUAGAUCUCCCCUGAAGGAUUUGGCUGAGACGGUGUGUCAUUUUCCAAGCGAAGAUGAGGGCAUGUUAUUUCACAGUCGGGCUGACGAGUGCACAAACAACUCGGACCCCAGGGAGUCUCCGGUCCCGGUGGGUCAGCGCGAGUGUGAGAGGGAAACCGCUCCAGACCUGGAUCAGACGCCGUUAACAACAAGCAGCCGUUCGCUGGAUGAAGCGCGAGUGGGUCAGACUGAUGAUGAACCUCUGCCUGGUUUAACGUGCUCUGGAGGUCCAAACCAGCAAUCCAGCAUCGUCUUUCCCGAUGAUUCACACUCUUCCACAUGUGAGUCGAGCGGCCCUCUUGCAUCACUGAACAGAAAGCGCAUGGGAGAAACGUCCCCUCCGGACUCUCCAAUCAGUAAAUCCCAGAAGCGUUCGCCUCGAGCCUCCGAAGACGAAGUCACAGGGUCAGACCUCCACUGGCAACCGGUGGCUCGAGACGUUCCCACAACCCUCCGGCUGAUUCCCUACAGCGCCGCACAAUCCGUUCAAAUCCCACGGGAUAACCAGCCGGUUAUAGUUCUCAACCAUCCCGACACUGAGAUUCCCGAGGUGACGAACAUCAUGAAAGUCGUCCACAAGCACAAAGACGCCGUGCAACGGGUCGUACUGUCUCGCAAAACCCUCCGAGCCCUCUCAGAUUUAAACGGCGAUGACUUCCCGAAUAACCUCAUCGGGGAUUGCCAUGCAUCCCAUUUCAGGAGGGAAUGGCCGAACGGGACGGUUAAGGAAAGGUUCAGCUUGAAAUUGAAGCUUAAAAGAGUGUGCGGAAGGAAGUACACCGUGGUGCCGACAGUCUCGGAGCGUGUUGUGCUUCAGCCGACGUUCAGAUGCUGGUUUUGCGGGAGGAUUUUUAGAAACCAGGAAGCGUGGGUGGGACACGGACAGAGACAUCUAAUGGAAGCGACCCGAGGCUGGUUUAACAGAUGAUCGCAUUCGCCAUUUUUAAGAAGUGCUGUGAAAAUCUCAGGGUGAGGAAAACACAGGUCCAAAUCUGAGGAGAUUUCAUUCUUUAUUGUGAUAUUCUAUACUGGCAAUUUAUAUGAUUGACACGAGCCAGCGUUAUUUAUUUUGUUCCACAAUGUGAAAAAGUACAGAGCAUUAGUUAUUAAUACAGUGGUGUGAAUAAGUUUGGACACCCAUGCUAAAGUUGCCUAAAAA